CCUUUAUACGUGUAUAUAACAAGUAAUACAAAACGAAAGUUUGGUGGUAGUGACAUAUUUUCCCUCUUAAAUGGAGCUCCACUCGCCCCCAUGGAGGCGACGUAAUUCUACGUAAAGUGUUACCCGGACCAACAUGGCGGCCGCGUCAUUAGUGGAGGCGACGUAAUUCUACGGAAAGUGUGGCCCGGUCCAACAUGGCGGCGGCGUCGCUAGUGGAGGUGACGUAUUUCCGCUCUUGAGUGGAGCUCCACUCGCCCAUAUGUCUGCAGCCAGACCCUCUUGCAGGGAGCCGCUUUCAAUUUGCGGGAGACUCCCGGAACUUCCGGGAGAUUUGGGAUGUCUGUAAUACUGUACAUAAACACAGUUAGCCCCAUUUAUCUAAAUAAACAUUCAACUCACAGAUUCCUCUAUGAAUUAACAGCUUUUUUUGUUCGUUUGUCUCUCUUUCCAGGUUUCACCAGAUGAACCACGUUAGUUUCAUUAGUGUUAACUGGGCCUUAAUCAAUCAUCGACGGAAUCAACAGGAACUCUACGCAAGGGGGCGGAGUCAGCGCUGCUACCUGAGUCUUUUCCGAUUGGAUCUCUAACAUCUGCAGUGCUAUUCAGAGGGUUUUCAAUGGUGCUGCUGCCUGAAACUGGUCUAUCCAGUCUUUCUGCCCGCUGUUUAUGCUCGUGAUGCAGGUAGAUGAGGGCGAGUGAUGAUGUGUGAGCUGACAUAUGUAUAGAAACAAAGAGACAUACACGUUAAGAGAUUUCCUGAGAACAUCUUACGAAUUAAGAGAAAUAAACGUUCGAAAUUGCCUGAGAAAAGCUUACGUGUGGGGUUGUUGCCAUCUGGACUAGUGAAAAUAUCUGUUUUUCAAAAAAAACAAGAAUCAAUAUAUCUGGAAUGAGUUCUAAAAAUGUGACAGAUUGCACCACUAACAUUGAGGCACACUGACUAAGGCAUUUUGGUAUCAGUCAUGAAGGCUGUGCAGCUCUAGCUUCAGCUCGGAGAUCAAACCCCUUACAUUAAAGAAGAAUUUUCGAAGAAGAAUUUCAGUGUGAUCAUGGAUCCAAGCAGUUCAAAUAGUUCCUCAGAGCUGAGGAUUCUCCUUUUGGGUCCAAAACUUGAGGAGAAAAGUUCAGCAGGAAACACAAUCCUGGACAAAAAGGAGUUUUACUUGAAGACUUUGCAAUGUGUGGAGAAACACAGUGAAAGAGCUGGCAAAAAGAUCACUGUGGUUGAUACUCCAGGGUGGUGGGGAAAUUUACCAUUUGAAGAAAACCCUGAACUGUACAAACAGGAAAUUAUCCUGAGUGUGACAAAAUGUCCUCCAGGACCUCACGUGCUGCUGCUGGUCUUAAAUGUAGACACACCGUUUAAAGAAAAUGAAAAAGACAUUCUAUGUGGUAACAUGAAAUGUUUUGGUCAUGAAGUGUGGAGGCACACUAUAGUCCUGUUCACCUGUGAAGAUCAUCAUACAAGCACUCAACAAUUUAUUGAGAAUGAAAAUCUCCAGUGGCUCAUUGAGAAAUGUGGGAACAGAUAUCACGAGCUUGAUACUAAAAACUGGGGCAAUGGAUCUCAAGUCAUAGAACUGCUUAAUAAAAUACAGGAGAUGGUAGAAGGAAACAGAGGUGGACAUUAUGAAUUAAACAGAGAGAUUUUGAAGCAGGUGGAGGAGAAGAGGAGAGAACAGGAGAAGAGAGCAAACAUAAGAAGGAUCAAAAAUCAACAACUGAAAGAUGCGACAAAAACAACUGAAAAUAAGCAUCCCGUCUCAGAGCUGAGGAUGGUGCUGCUGGGUUAUAAUGGAUCUGGGAAGAGUUCAGCAGGAAACACCAUCCUGGGAAAAUCUGUAUUUGAUUCCAAAAGAUCAUUGACAUCUGCAGUACAAGAAGGAGAUGUUGCAGGAAGACACAUCACUAUGGUCGACACUCCAGGCCGAAGAAGAAAUUACCACUCAAAAUACACCCCCAGACUCUACAAAGAUGAGAUUGUGUUGUGUUCAUCUCACUGUCCUCCAGGACCACAUGCCUUUCUGCUUAUCAUAAGAGUGGAUGUUUCUUUCACUGAAGUGUACAGAAAGGCAGUAGAGGAACAUGUUGCUCUUCUUGGUCUCAAUGUCUGGGACCACAUGAUUGUUCUCUUUACCUUUGGUGACUGGUUGCGAGACACAAGCAUUGAGCUGUUCAUUGAGAGUGAAGGAGAAGCUCUUCAGUGGAUAAUAGACAAAUGCGGGAACAGGUAUCAUGUCUUCAACAACAGAAACACAGAUGAUGGCAAUCAAGUGACAGAGCUGUUUGAAAAGAUAGAAGAGAUGGUUGCAGGAAACAAAGGAUGCUGUUUUAAAAUACAGCAAAAGAAUUUGGAAGAGGUACAGUCCAGAAGGAUGAAAGUUGAGAAAUUAGCAAAACAGAUGAAGGCUGAAGUUAAAAAAAGAAACGAUUUGAGACAUUCAACAUCAGGGGUUGCUGAACUUUUUGAAAUGAGGUUGGUGUUGCUUGGACCUCACCAUUCCAGCAUAAGUUCAACAGGGAACACAAUUUUGGGAAGGCAAGUAUUUGACCGAAGAAUGGAAGAGAAUCUAAGUAAUAAUGGGGAAGUUGCCGGGAGGAAACUCUCUGUUGUUUGUACACCGGGUUUUGAGAAAGAUUUCCUUAUUGGGAAAAGACUUGAGGAUGCUAAACGCAACCUUCUGAAAAGUCUAGCAGAACAGUCUUCUGGACCACAUGCUUUCAUUUUAGUCCAGAGUGUUGACUGUUCCUUUGCAGAGGAAGAGAAAGGUGCAUUAAUGAAAAUCAUGGAGCCUUUUGGUGAAGGAAUCUGGAAUCAUAUAUUGGUUCUCUUUGCUGUUGGAGAGGAACUAGGAGAAACUCCCAUAGAGUUAUUCAUUGCAAGUGAAGGUGACGCUCUCCAGUGGCUCAUUGAGAAAUGUGGGAACAGGUAUCAUGUUCUCAACACUAAGAACUGGAGUGAUGGAUCUCAGGUCGCAGAACUCCUGGAGAAGAUUGAGGAGACGGUGGCAGGAAAUAGAGGAUGUCAUUUUAGACUAGAUGAAGAUACUUUAAAAUGGGUUGAAAGAACAAUAGCUAUACCCAUUACAAGAUCACACAGUAUGGAUGAUCCAAUGAGUUUUUUUCCUCAGGGGAUAGGUUCAGGACAGGUGUCCCAGAGAUCCCAAGAAGCACCUGAAGAGUCAAGUUCAAAAAUGAGCUCUGGAGUGGAGUCUCUUAGCUCUAUUCCUGAGUUUGAUUGAGGCCUGGAUUCUGAUUCAGAUACACAUGCAGUCUAACAUUGUCUUGUUUGCUUAAUUUUAUUAUCUUAUACAUUUUUAUUACCUGUUUAGAUCUGUACAUAGAGAACAGAAGGGAACAAAAAGGUCACUUAUGUUCAUUAAUCAGUAUCAUCAAAUCUUUACUGAACAUGUUUUGAGUAUUUUUUUUUUUCACAACUGAUGGCUUGAUUUUUGUGAAUAUGUAAUUUAUCAGACGCGCACUGUAUACAAUUCUUCAGUAAAAUAUGAUUUCAGAUUUUGAAAACCCAACUUUAAAUGGGUGUAUGGAUCUAUGUUUUUGAAAAAGCACACCAGACUAUUAUAUGAUUGAACACGUGAUGUCACUGUGAUUGGCUGCUCUAACCAUAAACAGCUUUUGUAAUUGCACACUUUAUCUAGACCGGUAACACUGGUAUUUAUUUUAUGCUUUGUACUGUACAUGUAACAUAGCAAUAUUAAUAGUAUAAAAUUUUGUUUUGAAACCUUGUGACUUAACGUGUUUCCCAUUAUCACGUUUUUAAUAAUUUCUUUUCAACUUACAUGUAGCAUUUAGCUUUUAUCUUUAACUGAGAAACCAAAAUUCCCUUGAACUUUUGACAUAUAAGAAGUCACUGUACAGUAAAAGACAUCCUGUAAGUUUCUGAACUCAAAACAUUCUUGUUAGUCUAAAACAGAUUAUAUUAGAGCCUGGGUGCAAAUGACGGCUUAUGGAAUGUGUUGCUCUAUUGGUGCAUUCAAGUCAUGUUGUAUAGAUGAUAUUUAUGAGUUGAACACACAAGAAAGCCACCACAAAGUCAAUAUUAUGAGUGGGAAACUCAAAACUAAUGCUGCAUUCACAUCAUGUCAUAAUUACUGUAACUUUGAGAUGAAAACAUGUCGAUGUUCUACUUGGAGCUGUUCACAUUGGACUCGAAAUCAGGACUAUCGCACUCUCCCACUAAACACUGGACGUCGGAUAGAUGUGCAGAUCAUGUCUAAAUUAGGUCCAUCGGUCCAUGACCAUUUCUGAACAUCUAUUCGACGUCCAAACUAGGUCCACUAUUUGGACGUCCAAACAUGACCCAACUUGGACGUCCUCUUGACGUUCAACAUUUGACCUUUGAACUGGGUAAUUUUUUGGACGUCUAUAUCAGGUGGAGUAAAUUCAAUGGACUGAUUUUGGACAUCCAAAAAUCACAUUAAAAGACGUC